AGUUUAAAACGUCAACACGAAAGUUAUCAACUCUUGUUUUUUUUCCCGAUUAUACCUACCUUCUGAGAUAAAUUCUAAUUUAGAAAGUCUACUUGAGUUCGCGUAAUAAGUUGUUGCCGAACAGAAGAAAAGUCUAAACAAUGUUACGCACAGUCUCAAAAUUCACAAGAGUGCUUCAGCCUAUUUCACUUCUUGUCUCCAAGCCCAACAAACUACCUCAAUUAUGUGAACAAUUUUCCAGACAACUCUCAGUUACUAUUCCUAACUUUGAUAAAUCAGAAAUUCAAAUAACUUUUGUGAGAGCGAGUGGGGAAAGAAUAACAUCCAAGGGCAAGGUUGGAGACACUAUUCUCGAUGUCGUUGUUAACAACAACAUCGAUUUGGAUGGAUUCGGAGCCUGUGAAGGUACACUCACAUGUUCCACAUGCCAUUUGAUACUAAAACCCGCUGAUUACGAAAAGCUCCCCGACAAACCUGGCGACGAGGAGCUAGACAUGCUAGAUCUAGCCUAUGACCUCACCGAUACAUCUCGUUUGGGUUGUCAAAUAACUUUGACCAAAGAUAUGGACGGCUUAGAGGUUCAAGUUCCAGCAACUGUGAAUGAUGCACGUAGCGCGUAGCAGCAUCGAUCGUUCAAAUAGUGCAAAGCAAACUAGCUAUGAAUAUCUAAAUGUAGAAUCAUUUUUUCUUUAGGUAGCUCUAUUUUUAAUUUUGGUGUUUUUACAAUGUAGAAAUUUGUAUUGUUAUGGAAUAUAAAUAAAUAAAAAAACAAAGUU